AUGUUUGGAUGUAUCGUAGCUGGGCGAAUGGUUCAGACAAACUUACAACAAGUCCAACCCACCAAAUACUUGUUUGAACUGACCGACGCCCAAAACAUCAACCAUGUCGUCGUGUUUCUGACUGAAGGCCUCCCUGCUGGUUUUGCUUGCACCGUAUUCUUGCACUGGCCCGGCGCAUCAACAACCAGCUGGCGUCUCCUCGGCAUGAUCUCCAACGACAAACCCUCUGCCAUAUUCAAACUCGGCGGCAAGGAAUGGUUUCAAUCUCAAGUCCAGUCUACAAACGAUCUCAUGGUUGAUGAAGUCCCCAUAUCAAUCACAGCCCAGCUUGGCAUAUCAAUCGAACCUAUUGAGUCGGUAUUUAGCCAGAUCUCAACUCUCCCACAACUCCCUCAUACAUCAAGUCUCAUGAGCAUGAUGGGUAGCUCGGACGCCAACAUGAUGCAAAGCGAGUCGACUGCUCUUGUACCCGCAAGGGAUCCGGUUAGGAUGGUUUCGUUGAUAAUAGAGAACCUCUAUAAUUAUCUAACAAGCUUUGCAGUCAACACUUCUCAAAUCCCAUCUGCCACUUUUGGAAGUACAGAGGCCACUUACAUUCCAGCCAAGGCACUCCAAGAAUGGUACUUCAAAACGAAUGGAAAACUCAAAAUGGAUCCAUCUGGAGGCUUCUUGAAGCAAGGUUGA